AUGUGGCUCUUAAGUAAAUUUGCCCACAAAGAUGACUCUGCGCAUCCAGCUCCGAUCGAGACUUAUAACUCCCGUUUGUUGCUCUUGGCUCUCGCUGCUUCCACUGGGUCUGCCAUGUACGGUUACGAUACUGGGUUCAUUGGAGGUGCCAUUUCGCUCCCAUCAUUUACUGCCCGGUACGGGUUGGACUCGGUAACUGGAACCCAGUUGGCAGCUUUAAAGGCCAACAUUGUAUCUACGUUUCAGGCCGGGUGUUUUUUUGGUGCUAUUAUCGCCUAUUCGGUCAAUGAGAAAUUCGGUAGAAGAAAAACCAUGCUUGCAUUUGCUAUUGUGUUUGUUAUCGGGGUGACAUUCCAAAUUGCUUCCAGUGGGAAAAUUGGAUUGAUCUAUGCUGGUAGAGCUAUCACCGGAUUACUGGUGGGAACCAUGUCGAUGAUCGUGCCCGUGUACAAUGCCGAAUGGUCUCCACCAGCCGUUAGAGGAUUGACAGUUGGGUUAUAUGAAUGUGUCUACCAGACCAGUUCUUUGCUUGCUUUCUGGGUCAACUACGCCGUUAAGAUCCACCAGCCGGAUACCAGCGAACGUCAAUGGCAGAUUCCAUUUGCUUUACAGUAUAUUUUUGGAGGAGCCGUUAUCUUGUGUAUGUGGUUCCAACCAGAAAGUUACAGAUGGUUGAUUAAGGCCGGCCGUGUGGAUGAUGCCAGAGACGCAUUGGUCAGGAUCAGAAAGUUACCAGCAGAACAUCCGUACAUCAAUUAUGAGAUCCAGUCAGUGUUGAUCCAGUUGAAUGAGGAAGCCCAGAUCGCAAAGAAAGAUGUGUUGAGGGAAACCGGCAACUUCAUCCAGAGAAACGAGAUUUACAUCAAAUUAAAGGAAGUCACAAAGUCAGGCAUGCGGUACAGAUUAUUUGUGGGUGUGUCAGUGAUGGUGUGGCAGAACUUAUCGGGUAUCAAUGCCUUGAACUACUACUCCCCUACAAUUUUCAAGUCCAUUGGAGUUUCUGGAAACAAUGUGGAUUUGUUAGCGACCGGGAUUUUUGGGGUGGCCAAGACUGUCACCAAUAUCAUUGCCGUGUUGUUCAUGGUCGAUUACUUUGGUAGAAGAGGUCCGCUUUUGUUUGGAUCUUCCUUGACAUUUGUGUUCAUGAUGUAUCUUGGAAUUUACUCCCAAUUAUCGGGCUCAUUUGACCAUGUCGUUGAAAAGGACGGAGGAUCUCGGGCAGCUUUGGCAUGUGUUUACAUGUUCGCUGUGUUCUAUGCCUUCAGUUGGAACUGUAUGCCAUUCAUUGUGUGUUCUGAGAUUUUCCCCAUGGCUAUCAGAAAUUUCUGUAUGACCAUUUGUGUUAUGGCCCAAUGGCUCAUGCAGUUUGUGAUUGUGUACUCCAACCCAUACAUGAUGACCAACAUUAAGUACGGGUCCUUUUACUUCUUUGGAGCAUGCUUGUUGUUAUCGGUCCCGUUUGUGUACUUUAUUAUUCCUGAGACUAGAGGUAUUUCAUUGGAGAACAUGGAUGUGUUGUUUAGUAUUAGAGGUACGGCUUUGAAGAAGAGAAAGAAGGCUGACGAGAUUAUUGCCAUGAGAAAGCAGGAGGUGAUUAUGGACGAGUCCGGAAAGGUUGCGGUAGCUGAGGUAGAGGAUGUGGAUGGAGGGCUGAUCGAGAAGGUGCCAACCUCGAGCACACGCAGUAUACAGGAGGUGUGA